CAUGCACUGCUUGCUUAACCUGAAUGCUUUCUUUAACUUAUCCAUUUCCUGAUUUCAUCUUAGUUCUAAUCUGAUUGCACCCCUCUACUGCCCAUCUAGUACGCCCCGGGGUAGAGGAGUUAAUUACAUAGUUAGAUACUCAGGUCGAACAAUAUUUUUGAUGUUUGAGGAAACAGCUUUUGAUGACCCACUGUCAAUGACCUUUUGGUGACACUUUAAAAUUGGAGGAUGUUCACAGUCAAUAUUACUUAUAGAACUUAACGUUCUCUAAAGGGAAUGUAAACAAACUUUACCCGGGAUAUUCACUCGGGUGUAAAAACUAUAGAUAUUAUUGACUGAAUAAGGAAUUUUGAAUGUUUGCAUGAGUGGGAAUAGACUGUUUAAAGGCUCUUAAACAUCAAAAGUUGAAAAUGUGGUCAAGGAACAUCAUAGUAUUCUUUGCUUUAAUUUAUGGCGUAAGCUCCGAGGACUGGACAAGAAUCGCCAAAAAUGAACUUGCCAACGCCCUCAAAAUUAAACCUAACACGGGAUUUGCAAAAAAUGUCAUCAUUUUUAUUGGAGAUGGACUUGGUAUCUCCACAAUUAAUGCUGCCCGGAUUUAUAAAGGACAGAAACAGGGAAACCCGGGGGAAGAGACCGUUCUAGAGUGGGAAAAAUUCCCAAACGCCGCCUUCUCCAAGAUAUAUGGAUCUGAUAAACAGGUUCCAGAUUCAGCUCAAACGGCAACGGCUAUUUUAGGAGGAGUCAAGGUCAAUUAUAAGACGGUUGGGGUCACGGACAGUAUCAAAGGUCAAGACUGUGCGAAAUUGGUAGAACUAGGGGAUGCUGCCAAAGUAAAAUCUGUUAUAAGAAAGGCCCAGAAUGAUGGUAAAUCUACCGGAGUCGUGACCACGGCGCGGCUCACACACGCUACUCCGGCCUCCACCUACGCACACUCGGCCCACCGGAACUGGGAGUCGGAUGCCGACCUCACCCCGGAGGCGAAUGGAGUAUGCCGAGACAUCGCCCACCAACUAGUGCACAGUAAUAACGACAUUCAGGUGUUUCUUGGAGGAGGGCGGAGAGCUUUUUAUCCCAAAAACUUUUCUGACCCGGAAACGGGGGCGACAGAUGUGAAUAAAAGACUAGAUAACAGGGACUUGGUUGAAGAAUGGAAAACGAUACAGACUGCAAAAAACCGGAAGCAUAAAUAUGUCUGGAAGAAAGACGAUUUCGAUAGCAUUGACGAGAACAAUGUUGAUUAUGUGUUGGGAUUGUUCAGUCCAUCGCAUAUGGCCUACGAAACUGAGCGGAGUAAUUCUGGAAAUGGAGAGCCUUCUUUAACGGAAAUGACAUCAAAAGCCAUUAAAAUUCUUCAGAAAAAUGAAGAUGGGUUCGUUUUGCUUGUUGAAGGCGCCAAAAUAGAUAUAGCUCACCACGACAGUCUAGCAAAGAUUGCGUUAGAAGACACUCUAGAGUUCGAGAGAGCAGUGAAAGAAGCUGUAUCUUUGACCAAUCAUCAGGAAACUCUUAUCAUUGUAACUGCAGACCACUCUCAUGCCUUUUCAUUGGCUGGUUACACUAAACGAGGAAAUGAUGUCUUAGGCUUGGUGGAUGACGAAGCUGUCGAGAUAGAACCUCCUUUGGACAAGAAACCUUACACAGCUCUCGUUUAUGGCAACGGCCCUGGCUGGAGGGCAGACAGACAAAACCUGACAGGAGUCGCUACAGAUGCUAAUGACUACAUCCAGCAGUCUGCUGUACCGCUGGAAUACGAGACUCACAGCGCAGAGGAUGUCGGGAUAUUUGCUCAAGGUCCAAUGUCUCAUCUCCUUCAUGGCGUUCAUGAGCAGCACUACAUUGCCCACGUGAUCCAGUAUGCUGCGUGUAUUGGUGACUAUAGAGACAAUUGUGAUAAGGAGUCCAGGCUCACUAGUGGUUCUGAAUCCUUGGUCCCUGCUUUGUUUCUUUUGUAUCUUUCAACUUGUAUUCAGAUGUUCUUUUAACAUGUUAAUCAGCUAAAAGACUGAUUUACACCAUUCAUAUAUUAUAAACAUUACUUAAGUUCAUCUAAAGUAAACCAUACGCUCUUGGCAUUUUACAAAUUUGUAUGAUAAACAAAAGAAGGUGAAUGAACAAGGCAUACACAUGAACAAUGCCUAUAGCGUCAGAUAUAACAAAUUGUAUUGAAUUUGUUAAUUCAGGAUUACAAAUUCGCAUUAUUUGGAAUUUAUGCAAUCAUAAUAAACAAAACUUCUCUGAAAAAAUCUCGGGAAAAACAUUCUUUUAUUUUAAAAAAUGGUAUUAGUGAGAUUCGAUCUCCAAAAAACAUAUUGCACUAACCACUACGCUACACAGCUUUUGAU